CUGUCUUUACGCAUGCGCAACGCGCCAUUGAAGGGAAUGGUUAGAGAGGAGUGAGCGGAUCGGCCGUGAGUUUCCACGAAAUCUGAGAUUUGACUCUGAUUUAAUCCGCGCUUCACUUUAUAGGGUAUAAAGCUGAGGUUUACGGACGUCGGAGCUUUUCCCAGUCUUUCUUUAAAACACCUGCUGGAAUUCAUAAGGAUAACCUAGGCGGUGUGCAGGACCCGCACAGACCCAUCGCUGGCCCCUGUCAGCACGGCAACUUGGGGACAGAGGCAGGGUUCGUCUGUUAGCCGCUACACCAGCUAACUCCAGAACUUGUCACCAGUCUCAUUAACAAGCACUGCUGAAUUGUGACAGUCUCUCUGCCCUGACAUCUUGACAAUGAGGUGAAACCGUGUCAAAAAACACAAAAAACAAACCGCAGUGGGAAAAACAUUAGCCGAGAUGUCCAUCACCAACACUCCUACCAGCAAUGAUGCCUGCCUCAGCAUUGUACACAGCCUCAUGUGUCACAGGCAGGGCGGCGAGAGCGAGACAUUUGCCAAGCGCGCCAUCGAGAGCUUGGUGAAGAAGUUGAAGGAGAAAAAAGACGAACUUGACUCUCUCAUUACAGCUAUCACCACCAAUGGGGCUCACCCGAGCAAGUGUGUGACCAUUCAGAGAACACUUGAUGGACGGCUGCAGGUGGCUGGACGUAAAGGCUUCCCUCAUGUAAUCUAUGCCCGGCUGUGGCGCUGGCCUGACCUGCAUAAGAAUGAACUGAAGCACGUCAAAUACUGCCAGUUUGCCUUUGACCUCAAGUGUGACUGUGUGUGCGUGAACCCCUAUCACUAUGAGAGGGUGGUGUCUCCUGGCAUAGACUUAUCAGGACUGACCAUAAACAGCUCCGCCGGGCACACCUCAUCCAUGAUUGUUAAGGAUGAGUUUGAUUUUGACGGACAGCAGAGUGUGUCCUCCAUUGACGGCGGCCACUCCCUCCAGACCAUCCAGCAUCCCCCAACCAGUAGUCGGCCACCACCGUCGGAAUCAUUUCCAACUCCAACUCUGCUCCCGCCCCCUGAGCCCUCCACCUCUGCCUCAACGUCAUCCUUUCCUGCUGUUGCUGCUGGAUCAGGCAAUGCCACCUCCACCUGGCCCAGGAACGGCUUCACUCCCACCAUACCCCACCACAGCAACGGGCAUCUACAGCAUCACCCUCCUAUACCACAUCCAGCACAUUACUGGCCAGUGCACAAUGAGCUCGCCUUUCAGCCUCCUAUAUCCAAUCAUCCAGCUCCUGACUACUGGUGUUCCAUUGCCUACUUUGAGAUGGAUGUUCAGGUUGGGGAGACAUUUAAAGUGCCCUCCUCAUGCCCCAUAGUGACUGUAGACGGCUAUGUGGACCCCUCAGGAGGUGACAGGUUCUGUUUGGGCCAGCUCAGUAAUGUACAUCGCACUGAGGCUAUCGAGAGAGCAAGACUUCACAUUGGUAAAGGGGUCCAGCUGGAGUGUAAAGGCGAGGGAGAUGUGUGGGUGCGAUGCCUCAGUGACCAUGCUGUGUUUGUUCAGAGUUACUACCUGGACAGAGAGGCGGGCCGAGCCCCCGGUGACGCAGUUCACAAAAUCUACCCCAGCGCUUACAUCAAGGUGUUCGACCUGCGUCAGUGCCACAGACAGAUGCAACAGCAGGCUGCUACGGCUCAAGCAGCAGCAGCAGCUCAAGCAGCAGCUGUGGCUGGAAACAUACCUGGACCUGGAUCAGUAGGAGGGAUAGCUCCAGCUAUUAGUUUGUCAGCAGCAGCUGGAAUCGGUGUGGACGACCUGCGGAGGUUAUGUAUUCUCAGGAUGAGCUUUGUUAAAGGCUGGGGGCCUGACUACCCACGCCAGAGCAUCAAGGAGACCCCCUGCUGGAUUGAGAUCCACCUGCACAGAGCUCUGCAGUUACUGGACGAGGUUCUGCAUACUAUGCCUAUAGCAGACCCACAGCCUCUCGACUGAGAUCUUUUUAACGGCAGCAUGUUACUGCAGUAUACCUUGGCAGUGGAAAGUCUUCCUCUGUGAAUUGUUUUGGGUAGAGAAGAUGAAACUGAAGCUGUCCCACAUGAAUAAAUACUUCCAGUUGUGCAUUGUGGCCCCAACUUUAGCUCGUGACACUAAAAUCAGCGGAAGCCGUUUAUUAAAAAUGUUUAUCUACAUUUUUGAUAGAUGGCUUUAAUUUGGAAUGACUGGAAUGGCUUAAAAGUCACACAGCAUCAAAGUAUAAAUCACCAAACAUGCACAAGGGUGACCUGCAGACCCCAUUAAACUGGAAUGUACACCAACACAACCACCCCACUACUGACUGAUAUUAAACUCACACACAGGCAAAAACGUGUGUACUACUGGUUUGUGUUGUGUCAAGUUUCAUUCAAACUGUUACAGACUGCUUUACACCCGGAGAAAGGCACAGGUUCAUUCAGCUGUCAGGCUGAAUAGCAAAGCAGCAGCACCCCGUCACUCAGAGGAGGAAAACCCCUCGACACCAGCUCAUUUCUCACCCAUCCACAAAUGUUGCAGGAGAAAACAACAUGCCCCCGUGCCUGAAGACUGAAACAUCUCUGUGGACUUGGGUUUUUUGUUUGUUUGUUUUUUGGUGUGCUGUUGUCAAAGUACAGGUUUGGACUUCAAGUGAUAGGUGCAAGUCUGUGCCCAUGGAUGUCCCGAUAUCCUAGUUUUCCCAGUUAUUAUACAGUGUGCUGUGCAACCAGCAGAACACCUGGCUUACGUUUUGAACAAUAGUUUUUCAGGGGUGUUGUGUAAAGUUCAGGUAUCCAGUGGGUAAUAGAUUACACCAAUCAGUAACAGCAGUGAAACCACCUCACUGAUAUUGUGUAAGUCCUCCUGCUGCUGGUAAAACAUCUCUGACCCAUCGUGUGAAUGGGCGUGGAGUCCUUAGGUGUCCCGCAUUGUCUUGCGCAGGGCUUUUGACGUCAGUUAAAUCUGUGAAUCGUGCGUUUUCGGCAAAAUCACACAAAUACUUUCGGAUCGGGACAUGAGGAGCUUGGAGAUCUUGUGGCGGGGUGGUUUAUCAUACUAGAAGAGCCUUCUGUCAUGCUAGAUGUUACAUUUAGAUGGGCGUCAAAGUAACAUUCAUACAAAAGCUCAGAGUCAAGAUUUCCCAGCAGACGAUUGGUUUCUCAAGAAUAACUGAAAAAUAAGUAAUAAAGUUUGUUAGCUUAGCACUUCAAAACCAGCGUUACAAAGUGCUUUACACCAGACACACACUGCACAUUACAAAAUCCACAUAAGCAUACACGAAUGAUUCAUUUCUGGCAAGAGGCUUUUGUAGGUGAUCAUUCAGUCUUUUUUACCAUGGUCGCCUCCCAUCUGUUUCUGACACACCUUCUAUAAUACCGCCAUGAUACUCUGGCUCUGUACCUCCUCACUUUUUUGCUGAGAACACAAAGAGAAAAGCUGAGAUUCUUUUGGUACAAUAAGAUGAGCAAAGCAGAGGCAGACAGCUAAUCUUUAUCUAUGAUGUGCCUGCAGAAUAAUGAGCAGGCUUUGUUUUGGCAAACCAAAGCAGUUAAUACUGAGAAACGGUAUAAAUGUAUGAUCAUGACAGCAUGAUGUCCAGUCAUUGGCAGCUGUUUCUCAACAUCUGUUAACUGAAGUUUCUUUAAUUGGAUUUUGAAGGCCUAGACCUAAUUGCACUUAGAUACCUUAUGACUUGCAGCCCACUCAUUUACUACUUGAUCCAGGUCACCUGUGUAUAGCUUACCCACAAAGAGAAGGCGAGUUUAAGGCGGUUCACAGCAAUAUUGAUAUAUUUUCUUGGUUUUAUUUUUGUUACCUUUCUUUGUAAAUUUUUAGCACUUUACUUUUUUUUCCUCAAUAUAAUUCAGUAACCAUUGUUUUGAGGUGGUGAAUGAACAGUAGAGUAAAUAGGCUGGUUUAUAGGUAACGUAGACUGUGAUCAGGCAGCAUCGUGUGAUGCAGCAUUGGGACACCUUUUUGCCCUCUCACUUUUCAUUUAAACACAUCUUAGUUUUUCUUUUGGCUUAUCAGACUUAUUUUUCCUCUUCUUUUGAUUUGCAGUUUUGUUUUCCUCUUUAAUCCAUGUAAAUAACUUUGCUUUUGAAAUGCAUGUCAGUGUUUGCAUGAAUUUUAAUGUUAAAGACAGCCCUUUUUAAAAAGGAGUGAUUCAUUUGUUCUGCAUUACACGCAAAUUAUCAGUAGAAACCAGCACCUGCUGUGUAUUGGUGUUUGCGUGUUCUAGUAAAGGCAAAUAGAGGGAAUCUGCAUAGACGUAAGUUACUCAAAUGAUCUAAUGAAUUUAUGUAAAAAUUUUAGCAUGUCCUAUAAAAAAAAGGCACCUUGUAAAGACAUAAAUCUAACAAACUAGUCCUCUGGUUAUUAGCGGUCCACCUCUAAUAAACGACCACUUCGCUCGCAGGUUGAAACCUGAAGUGGGUGAAGUAUGACAAACUAUUCAAGAAAAGCGCGUUUGAUGGAUUCCGUUGCACUGUUUGAUGCAGGUUUUCACAUGUUGAUCACUCACAACCAUCAGCUCAUUCUUGUUAUUUUAACACAUCAAACCUCCGCUCAGUCAUGGCUUCAUGAAAAGGAUUUUUCUUCACAAAUGUCCGUCUGUCCUUUUAUUCUUCGUUCACAGUGAUCUUCACAACCCAACAAGUAACCAUAACUAAGCCGUGGUUUGCUUUCCUCAUCCCUGUUUGCAUUAGGUCACCGUAAUUUUGAAGAGCUGUGUUUAAAAAUGUUAAAAUCUUGACACUUCUUAUUAUGGAUCUAAUCUAUUGCAUGGCAGGAAACGGGAUAGAGAAUUUAUGCUGAAGAAUAGAGUCUGUUAUAUGAUGUUGUGCUUUAAGGUGGAGAGAUGUUUUUAUAUAACUUGCAGUUAUUAUAGGAGCCAAAAGACAGCUCAGAUGAGUCGAUGCUGACUACUAUGACAAAUUGCAGAUAUAAAGUUUACCUGUAUUUCUUAUGUGAGAGUCUAUAAUUAAAAAUGGCCUGAUAUUCUC